AUGACAUUGAAUACUGACGUUCAGUCGAAUUGGACUAAUGAUCCUCGAGCGUAUGGUCUAGGUGACUGGACAGAUGAUCCCAGAGCAUACGGCCUAGGAUAUUCCAAUCCAGAUAUUGAUAUCCCGCUGGAGGACCUUGACGAGUUGCAAAGACCUAAUACGUCUUCUCAAUCUGGACAAUUAAUUUCCCUCGCAGAUUCUGUAUCCAGCGACUCAAAAGGAAUGCCACCAAAAGGAAAGGCUGCUCCUGCGGGGCUCGUCGAAGAAGAGCAGCAUGACGAAGAACCUUCCAGCUGUGGGGCUGCCUCGUCACCCUUGCCAGCGGUUUUGGAUGCAUCUACACCAUCCGGAAGCCAAAAAUUUCCUCUUUCACCCCCGAUCCUUCCGGUGACCAUCCACCCUUUAGAUGCUUCCUCUCCUACGAUUAGUAUUGCCGACGAGGACGAAUUUCCCCAUCCAUCUCAGCUCACACAGAUGGCUCGAGCAAUGAGACCAACACCAACACCGAAACCGAAGACGCAGAGGGAUAAAGCUGACAGAGAGGAUCAGCCAAUUGAAAUACUUGACGAUGUAGAAAGCGACGAUUCUACAAAGUCCGCGAAGUUCCAAGGGAAGCAGCGCGAACAGUACCAUUCCCUGGCCGGUGCUGGACCCAGUACACUAGCCUUUGCGAAGCGCAAAUGGGAUAAAUCGAUAUCGUCCUCUCCGUCUACCGCGAGGCCAAAACAGCGACUCAAAAACUCCUAUGACCCAGGAAACGAAGAAAAUGAGAGUUCGUCUGGUUCUCGCUCUAGAACAUCCUCGGACUUUCUCAGAUAUCACUUUCACGAUUCAUUCCUGUAUUUGGAUGCCAGUGUCAUCGUCCGCAUCGGAUUAACACAGUUCAAACUGCAUCGUACAUUACUAGCGGAACACGGAGUGUGGUUCACGGAGCGUUUUCAAAAUGACCCAGAUGACAGGUUCGGGGAACUCCCGGUGUACAUACUAGAUGGUGUUAUUGAAGAGCCUGAUUUUGUGAACUUGUUGACAGCAGUGAAGGAAGCUAUCACAUAUAUAGAUGACCCCCCGGAUUUACAAACCCUCGUCUCCAUCUUUCGAGCCGCACAUAAGCUCAAAUGUACCAGAUUCGAGAAAUGGAUAAAAUCCCUGUUGGAGAAAAUGUGGCCCGCGCAAUUAGAUCCUCUGGAUACAACAUCAAUACCUGCAGAGCCAACACCAGACCGCAACAAAACGCGCUUAUCUACACGUUUGUCCCCUAGUGAGGCUACCGCGGUUGUAUUGCUUGCCCGCGAAUGUGGUCUUCAGAGUGUUCUAAAACGCGCACUCUAUGAACUCGUACGAACAGAUGGUUUUGGGCAAACUUUGGGUAGUUCUAGUUCUACAUCGGUUUCAGGUCCCUGUGAUCAACUCUCGGCCGAGGAUCAUCGUCUGCUCGUGAAAGCACGAGAAAGGCUGAUCGCCUUGUGGAUGUCGGUUGCAGCACCAUCUUUUCCCCCCUGUCCGCUUGCUGAUAUUCGAGUCAAUGAUACGCGCCCAGCAUGUACAGCAUGUGAUCCCGUCCAGGAUACUAGUGUUUACAGCAACGUGUUGCAUGGCAUUCCGUCUGUUUCUCAACCGGAUACAGAAAUUCCGAAGUCCUUAUUCAUGACUUAUACCAAUGAUCCUCUUUGUGGGCUCGAGAAGCUGGUAAAAUUACCUUGGGAAGCGCCCAAUACUUCAGACGUUCCAGAGGGUAAGGGCUUAGAUUAUUGCCAUUCCUGCGCUAAGGUACGGAGGGUGUUCUGGGAGACACGUAGGAAAGAAUGGUGGGAUGUCUUCGGACAAGUAGUGGGUUGCUGA